GUCAGACGCAGAUGCACGAUUCAAUCCUCCAAACAGAUCAGCUUCAGGCGCAGCAGCGGAUGCAGAAAAAUCGGCGCCGGCGGCAAGAGUAUCAAAAGCGAGCGUCUAUAACAGGAGAAGUGCCGGUUUUUUCAAUGCCAACAGCACAAUCGCCGA